UGCACGCAUUUCCUGGCCCACAACCUUCUACACUUACUCUCAUCCCGCCUCCAGCUGGCUCUAGUCUCCCAGGUAUAUGUCUGUAUGGCUGCCCAAAUCGUCUCCCGCACUCCUUGCGCGCGCUGCUAGUCGCCAAAACCAGCUUGUCACCCUUCGCGUAUUCGCCGUAGUAUGCCGGAGCCCGCAACUCCCGCUAACACCGCUGGGUGCUUUUGCCUCCUCUAGACGGUACGAGAGUACUCGCCCGUCACCCAGCAGUGCUCGGAAUGCCUCGACUUCUACGACAGAGCCUACUUCCGAACCCAAGCCUACCCCUCCAACGCCUAAAGAGCCGACGGAGGCGCCGCUAUCGACGAGGGUAUGGAAGAAAGUCAAGCAUGAGGCGCAGCACUACUGGCAUGGUAGCAAGCUGCUGGGGGCGGAAGUGCGCAUAUCUUCUCGGCUUGUGUGGAAGAUUCUACACGGUGAAAUCCUGACGAGGAGAGAACGCAGACAGCUCAAGCGCACAACUCAAGACAUGCUACGACUCAUCCCGUUUGCGGUAUUCGUGGUUGUGCCGUUCAUGGAGCUCUUGAUUCCUGUGGCUCUGAAGCUGUUCCCCGACAUGCUCCCCUCGACAUUUGAGGACAAAUUCGCUGCUCAAGAGAAGCAGCGGAAACUCCUCCGUGUACGCCUGGACAUGGCCAAGUUCCUGCAGGAGACACUUCGUGAGUCGGGUUUGAAAGCCAACGCACACAUUGUAGGCAGCGAGGCUUUCAAAGAGUUCUUCCGCAAGGUUCGGUCCACUGGAGAAAUCCCCUCGGCUUCGGAUGUCAUUAACGUCGCACGUCUCUUCGACGACGACCUCACGCUAGACAACCUUUCCCGACCUCAGCUCGUCUCCAUGUGCCGCUACAUGGGAAUCAACGCGUUCGGCACGGACAACUUCCUCAGAGGUAACAUUCGCCAAAGGCUCACGGAGCUCCGCCGCGAUGACCAGCUCAUCGAGCUGGAGGGCGUCGACAACCUCAGCACGUCUGAGUUGCAGGCGGCGUGCCAGAGCCGCGGUAUCCGGACGAGCGGUGUCUCCCCCGCCCGCCUGCGCGAGGAGCUCUCGACGUGGAUCACCCUGCACCUGCACAACCGGGUCAGCGGUGUCCUUCUUGUCCUUGCCAGGGCGUUCCAGUUCGACAAGAAGCCUGGUGAGGAGGAUGGCAAGACGGCUAUCAUUCAGAGCUUGGAGAGCGUCCUCUCUGGCUUGCCGGACAACUUGCUUAACGAGGCCGAGCUGGAAGUGGAGUCGGACAAGGCGAGCUUCAAGCAGAAGCUCGAGGUCUUGCAGCAACAGGAGGAGCUCAUUGAGGACGAGGAGGAGCAAGAACAGAAGGAAGAGGACGCUCGGCGGGUGAAGAGGGAGGAGGAAGCCCGUCUUGCACAGAUGCUUCUGCCUGAGACUGAGCUUCAACCUGAGAAAGCCGCAGAGAAGGAAGCAGAUGCGCGCAUGACUACGGAACAACUGAAGGAGCUUGCCGCUGCGCUGUCCAUCCUGUCCUCGAAGUCGUCCGUCCUCAAGGAACGCGAUGAGCUGCGCGCGCUGAUGGAGGAGAACAUGCAGGCAGAGGAGCAGGACCCGAAGUCGCCAGCGGCGGCGUUGACGAAGCGCAUCAGAACGAUGCUCACCAAAGUCGAUGCACAGCUCUCCGACUACGACGCUCGCGUGGGAUCGUCGCUGCAGAUGAUCUCGUGUGAUCCGCAGGGCCGGAUCUCGGUGGAAGACCUCGAGAAGGCGCUUGCCGUCAUCAAGCACAAGCCGGACGAGGAGGUCGGGCACAAGGUGAUCGAAAAAUUGGACGCGGACAAGGACGGAUUCGUAGAGCUGGAGCACGUCCUUGGUCUGGUCAGGGAGGAGGGCUUAGGCACGCUUCUCGACGACGAGGCCCAGUCCCUUAUUGGACAGGGCAACGAACUCAAGAAGAGCAAGCCAAGGAAGGAGGAUAUCGUACAGGAGUGAUCCACCCUAUUCGUUACAGCCUAGACCUAAUGUGACCGAGUCUCAAUGAUGCGAUCCGCACUGCAGAGGGCCGUGCACAUGAUUCGUGCCAAUCAACUGUGCCAAUCCUCAUUCACUGACCGGCGGUGGAGGGCCGGUGACUACUUUUUGUACCGCCACCAACUGAUGUCGACCCCAAUGCGUCUGAGAUACAGAUGCGCCGUACAAAGAUCUGGUGAAGCGGGUCGGCCCAUCAUCCAGGGCGGCGAGGGCGGUGCACCUCAGGUCUCCUGGACGCCACGUUCUGGCCACGUUUGUUCGCAGG